AUGGCUUCAUAUGAAAUGAGUGAUCACAUGCAAACAGCUCAAAACCAGGAGUCCGCCGCCCCGGUCCCGCCGCGGCGGGGCUCCUCGGCCUGGCUCCUGGAGGAGCUUCUGAGGCCCGACGGCCCCGAGCCCUCCGGCGUGGACGCGGCCCGCGAGGGGCCCGAAAGAAACUUCCGACUGAGCGAGCACCGCCAGGCCCUGGCCGCCGCCAAGCACCGCGGCCCUGCGCCGCCCCCGGAGAGCCCGGAAGCCGGCCCCGGCCCGUGGGCCGAGGAGCGCCCUGCGGAGAGGAGCCUCCGGGGCUGGGACAGGGCCGGCGACCGCGGCCACCCUCCUCCCAGCGCCGACGAGGCGCGGCGGCCCGACCCGGAGGCCGAGGCAUCUCCGGCGAGGAGCGGCGAGGCGGUCCCGGGUGGCGCGGCCGAGGCGGCGAUCGUCUCCAGGUCGGAUCCCAAGGACGAGAAGCUGGCCCUGUACCUGGCCGAGGUGGAGAGGCAGGACAAGUACCUGCGGCAGAGGAACAAGUACCGAUUUCACAUCAUUCCCGACGGCAACUGCCUCUACCGAGCCGUCAGCAAGGCGGUGUACGGGGACCAGAGCCUGCACCGGGAGCUGCGGGAGCAGACGGUGCACUACAUCGCCGACCACCUCGACCACUUUAGCCCCCUGAUUGAGGGCGACGUGGGGGAGUUUAUCAUCGCCGCUGCUCAGGACGGGGCGUGGGCCGGGUACCCUGAACUUCUGGCCAUGGGGCAGAUGCUGAACGUGAAUAUACAUCUAACUACUGGUGGGAGGCUGGAGAGCCCCACGGUGUCUACCAUGAUUCACUACUUGGGCCCAGAGGAUUCCCUAAGGCCUAGCAUUUGGCUCAGUUGGCUCAGUAACGGACAUUACGACGCGGUGUUUGAUCACUCCUAUCCGAAUCCGGAGUAUGACACUUGGUGCAGGCAGACUCAAGUGCAAAGAAAACGCGACGAAGAACUCGCCAAGUCCAUGGCCAUAUCCCUAUCCAAAAUGUAUAUUGAACAAAACGCAUGCUCUUGA